AAAGGCAGGGCUAUAGAUAACAAGCGUAUGUGCGUUAUUACGCAAUUAAAAUAACCAAAAACGUAAUUAAAUUCAAAAUCAAGCGUACAAAAACGCAAAUAUAAAUUUAAUAACGUAAUUCCCGUAAAAAACCUUGCGUCACGAAACGCAAUUCUUACAAACACCGGGCGUAUUUUUUAAGACUGGUUAUUUCCCAUACAAAAAUGUACCGAGUAAUCGGUUGUGUAUAACGCGCAUUUGUGUAUAACGCGCAUCAACUUUUUGAAGCAAAAAAUCGGGAAAAAAAGUUUUUGAUGCAAAAAAACUGGGAAAAAUUCGGUUCCAUACUCCAUGGGCUAACAGAAAAUCGUUUUAUUUACAUUGCCGGUCUCGCGCGUUAUUUCGAGCGUCUAUGCGAUAUAGAUGGUAAGGUUACAUUACACAAAUAUAUUUGUGUUUGACAAUUUGCAAAAUAUUCUUUCCAGAAUAUGCGCGGUCCUGAAAAGGACCUUUGUUGUUGUCUUUGAUCGUCUUUAUAAGGGUCGUCCGUCUAUGUCCGAAACGUCAAUAUUGUGACUGACAAUUAAAAAAUUCUGACAAUUCAAAGACAAUUUCAAGAUUCUUUCUUUGUCGAUCGCAGUGCUAUUCAAGAUACGGUAAGUCUAAUGACAAUUUUUAUAAUGAUUAAAAAUGGCAAAUGUGCAGUUUUUAUUCAUGUUGAAGAGUGUUGUUUAUUGCUCAUUCAGUUGCUCAGUAUAAUUGACAGGUGACUUUAACGACUCAAACUUCUCAACACCAUUACUGACAUUACACGCGAUAAUUAAACAGUGGAGGUGUGAUGCCGUCUGCCGGUUCGCAUGUUUUGAUAAUAGCCCAGCUACACAAAACUUGACAGGUGACUCAAAUCUUGACAAGACGUAUGAAAACGUGUGAACAAACACAACAUCAAUUUUAUUAACACAUUUGAAAAGCAAUAAAAAUAAUCAUCAAUAUCGGGAAAGGCCUUGCCGACAUACUAUUGUAAAUCGACAAGUGCCCCAAUUAAAUUGUGUAACCCUAGUACAGUAGGGUAUAAUAUUGUGGGAAUAAACAAUAACAUUUAAAUAAAAAUGGCUUCCUUGUUUUUCAUUAUCUCCUUCAAAUUUAUUUGAUUUCGAUGCUCUGUACGUACCUGAAAAAGAUAGAAAAUAUUAAUUUUAACUUUAUAACGUUUGUUAAUCUAUAUUCAGAUCGUAAAUAUAAUACAAUUAUUAACAUAGUGACAGUUAAAUCGACUGGGAACAGAAUGGUCCGAGUUACCGUAACUGGGUAACUGACAGGGAAAAAAUGUUUUGGCAUGCCUGUUGUUGUGCAUAACGCGCAUCAAGUUUUUAAAAUCAAAUUUGGGGGUAAAAAAGUGCGCCUUAUACACAACCGAUUACGGUAGUUUAUAUGCUGUCCUAUGAAGAAAAGAAGGCAGUCUUUCCAGCGGUUAUCAACCUUUGGGACAGUGCCUCAAUGUGACUUUUAUUUCUGAGUCAGUAAAAAAGCUAUCAUUGGAUAUAAAACAGUUGUCAAGCAAUCUGCAAACUAUUGGUAACCAACUUAAUAUUUCAAAGAGUACACAAGAGUCCAUCAUUCAGUUCAUGGAGGUAUCAUAUAAUGAAACACUGCAAGAAAUCCGAGACAUGCGUGACAAAUUAAAUGCUUAUUUGGAUGAGCUAGAAAAUGCAACACUGAAAGAACUGGAUAAAAUUAGGACCAGAUUUCAAACCUCUCUCAAGAAAGAUGUUGACAUCUGCUCCAGACUGAAGGAUGAACUGCAAGAACUUGGUGAAGCUGUACAAGGCCUGUGUGAUAAGAGCAAGAAAGAAAUGGAGUUCAUAGCCGGCUGGAAAUGUCUUGACAAAAUUCAAGAAUGUGAGACAUAUCUGAAGGAGAGCCCAGUUAAAAUUCCCAGUUCAAUGAACUUCAAGGCAAACAUUGAUAUUGAGCAGUACCUGUCUAAAAUGUCAGGUCUAGGGAGUAUUGAAGUGAUGAAUCCAAACCAGGUGUUGAAAGUGAAGAGAAAAUCUGAGUAUAAUAUACAAAUAUCAAGUGACACAAAUUUGCCUUGCUUCAUCACAGGUAUUUGCAUCUUACCUAGUGGCCAUGUCAUUGUUGUUGAUUAUAAAAAUAAAAGAGUUAAGCUGUUUGACCAGCAGUACAAUGUAGUCAGCCACUGUGAUGUGUCUGGGGAUCUAUUGGACAUUUGCCUGAUUACAUCCAGUUCGGUGGCUGUGACUGUUGACAGUGAUGUGCAGUUCAUCUCUGUGAGGAAGGGGCAGCUGAUUAAUGAGAGGAGGAUUCGGUUACCGCAUGGUGCUGCUGGUAUUGCCCACCAUCAUGAAACAUUGUUCGUCACCUCUGUCUCCUCCCUGUACCACUACACUUUGACAGGGACACUCAUUAAAAAGCUUUAUGAGGAUAAAGGAGGUGGCAUAACAGUUUGCAGGUGUGCAGUGUGUCCAGCUGGGGACAUGAUUUAUGUCACCAACAAUAGCCAGCACAAGCUGAUCACACUGGCCAUGGAUGGGACCCUGAUAUCCACGUUUACUGACCCUGAACUACGACAUCCAUAUUGCGUUCAUGUUACAUGGGCAGGACAUGUGCUUGUAUGUGGAAAUACCUCCAAUGCUGUCAUACAGGUGGAUCGUGAGGGCAAAAAGAAGCUGGCAACUCUGCUUUCACAGAACGAUGGAUUGAGCAGCCCAACGUCUGUCUGCGUCAAUAAAAAUGUUGACCAGAUUACUGUGGGGCUAUACAACAAAAACCAAAUAAUUGUUCUGGAACUCAAGUAGCUCUUUCCGUUGAAUAUUUUAUAUGUAUACAAUAAUGUUAAUGUUAUAAUGCCCCUCUCUGAAGACGAAGGGGUAUAUUGUUUUGCUGGCUCUCUGUCUGUAGACCAGUCUGAAUGUCGGUAGACCAGUUCGUUUCCCAUCAGUAAUUCUUCAACAAAUUGACCGAUUGACUUGAUACUUCACAUGUGCAUUGGCCUUGGCCAGUAGAUGACCCCUAUUGAUAUCGGGGUCACUAGGUCAAAGGUCAAGGUCACUAUCACACUAAGUGUGAAAAUCGUUUCUGAUCAAUAACUCGUCAACGAAUUGACCGCUGAUUGACUUGAUGCUUCACAUGUGCAUUGGCAAUGGACAGUAGAUGACACUAUAGAAAUUGGGGUCACUAGGUCAAAGGUCAAGGUCACUAUCACACUAAGUUUGAAAAUGUUUCCGAUCAAUAACUCUUCAACGAAUCGACUGAUUAGCUUGAUACUUCACAUGUGCAUUGGCCUUGGAAGUAAAUGACCCCUAUUGAAAUUGAGGUCGAUAGGUCAAAAUUCAAGGUCACUGUAACAUGCUAAGUGUGAAAUUGUUUCAGAUCAAUAACUCGUCUACUGAUUAAAUGAUUGGCUUGAUACUUCUCAUGUGCAUUAGCCUUGGACAGUAGAUGACCCCUAUUUGAAAUUGGGGUCACUAGGUCAAAGGCCAUGGUCACUGGCACAAUAAGGGGGAAAAGCGUUUCUGAUCAAUAACUCGUCAACGAAUCAACCAAUUGGCUUUAUAAUUCCCAUGCGCAUUGGCCUUGGACAGUAGAUGACCCCUAUCAAAAUUGGGGUCACUAAGUCAAAGGUCACUGUCACAAUAAAUCAUCAACAAAUUGGCUUGAUACUUUACAUGCGCAUUGGCCUUGGACAGUAGAUGACCCCUAUUGAAAAAUUGGGGUCAUAAGUUCAAAGCCCUGUUUUGAGGGGCAUAUGUCUCUGACCGCAGAACACUUGUUUACAAUUUGUCUUUUAGAAUGACAAAGGAACACAUCGUAGUUUGUACCACAGACAGGAAGAAACAUAGCAUUGCAAAUGUAAAUAGUGUUGAUUGUUUUGUUAAUGACUUUUGAAUAUUUAUUUUGCAAAUAAGUCGUAUUUAACCAAGUUCUCAACCAAGUUGAAAAUCCUGAUUAUAAGGUUGGAACAUGGCGGACGGGCAGGCGAGCAUGUGGGUGGGUGGCGCUAAACAGCUGGUUUUCAGUCAAUACAUUAAGUUUGAAUUGCCAAAACUUAAUGAAACUUGGAUAAAGCAUACUUGCGAGCUUGGGAUUGUAUUUUGGAAACUGAAAACAGUUUCUUCUUAAUAACUCGAGUUUGUGUAUAUAUAUAGCUAGCUAACAUGAAAACCUAAAUAGAGAUUGCAUUUCGGUAAAGGUCAAUUUGACUAUAAGAAGCAAAACAGCAUAGAUGUGGUUUCCAGUCAAUACAUUUAGUUCGCAUUUACCAAUCUUGAUUAAACUUAGGAUAGGCGCUCUGAGCAAGCUUGCAUGGAAACCUAUUUUGAUAUAUUGUAUUUCAGGCGUGUUCAGUUAAGAUCAUGAUCACUGUACAUACAAAUAGAACAAUUGCAUGCUCAACUCAGUUUGGUAGUAGGUAUUGAUUGUGAGGGUGUGUAGCUUAUAUUCAUACCUAGCUUGGGAUUUCGACAGGACAGGUUAUGCUGUCUAAAAAUAGAAAACUGGUUUAUUUGUGAAUACAUCGCGUUUAGAUGGAGAUAUUACAAUACAAGUUUGAGUAUAGAAUGCUUAUAUGCAGACCUAGCAUGGGAAAUCAUUUGGGACUUUCAUAUUCUUUGUUUAGUUUUUUUUUUAAAUAGAUUAAAAUCCGUUUCUGCUCAAUAACUUUGAGUUUAAAUGGAUUUCUUGUGCUGAGCCUUGCUUCGGAUUCCAUCUGGGUCCAGUUGGGUAAAUCAAGGUAACUGCUUCUUUAAAUAAAAAAUAAAUCUGUUUCCACUCAAGGGUUUGAGUAUUGAUGAAGGUAGUGUUUUUGUAAUUAUAUUGAAUGUUUGUAUAUUGUUGGCUGACAUGUGAUCCUGUGCGGGAUUGCACUUAUGAUAAGUUUGAUAAAGGUCCAGGUCAGUUUCACUUAAAAUAGAAAAAACGGUAUUUGGCUCAAUAACUUGAGUUUGGAUGGAGGACUUAGAGGUAUUUGGCUGAUAUUGUAAAUGCAGACUUGAGAUUGCGCAGUUAUUUAAUCAAGAUAAUAACUAAAACUUUGAACAACCUAGUUAAGUGGUUAUGCCAUGUUUAUUGUUCUUUAUUGUGUCGUGUCUGUUGCUUACAUGUGUGUUAAAUUUGUUUAUGGGGCCAUUUGUAUGUAGCUGUUAAUGAAAAUAGUAACAGUGUAAUUAUGUUUGUAGUUAGAUAACAUGCAGACCUAGGAUGCUUUGCAUUUUUGGGGAAAUAUGUCAAGGUCACUGCUACUAAAAAUAAAAAAAUGAUUUUCUGCUUAAUAACUUAAUACUAUACUAGAGGAAUAUGAGCUGUAAUUGUGUGUGUAAAUAACUUUGUAUGCAGACUGUGCUCGCAGAGUUAAUUAAAUUCAAUAAAAUAAAUUGGUAAAAGAUUGAA